AUUUCAUGAACAGCUAAACAGACAUCAAAUGAAUUGACAAAAAGUUGUCAAAAAAUAAAACUUCAAAAAAUCAAAACCAAAUUAAAACUAAAUAAUCAAAAAGUUUGCGACAAUUAAGCCGACAAUGAGUGACAGCAUAUUCGUGCCCAUCGGGGGGCGACCGAUAAGCGCCGGUAGCGACCAGUGGACGGGCUAUACGGCGAUCUACGGGUGCGUUUCGGUGGGAAAUGUGCCGCAAUUGGCCAUCGAUUUGCUCGUAUCGACACUAUUGGACGCAAACACGUGUCGACCCGUUGGGCACCUGUACUCAUCGGCACUGAUGCCGCUGUCCGGUCCGGACGCCUACCGUUUCGGAGGCCAAUCACUGACCACAUCGGCUCAGGUGUAUGAAAGCGCGGACCGAAAGCUACUGAUUAUACAACAGCGCACACCUCUCUAUAAGGAGUUACGCAAAGAGUUUUACGAGGCGUUCACCAAAUGGUUGGGCGCCUACCGACUGAAACGGGUGCUGAUCCUGAGUUCCAGUUUCAUCGAGCACUUGGCCUCAGCGCUGGACUCCGGCGACUGUUAUCCCAUGAAAUACAUGACUAACGCUACCGGCGCUCAGCACCCGGUGGACCCUAAUUGGCAACCCGUGGAAAGGGUGGACGCGUUUACACUGCAGGCCUCGGCGGACGGUGUGCUACACCUGCCCGGCAGUGGUUCCCUCCAAGAGCUGCUCAAAUGGUUGGACAAAAAGGGUGUUCCCGGCGUAGGACUGGUGCUGUACUGCUCGGAAGGCGAUAAUAGACCCCAUUCUCAGGCGCUGAUGAAUGCCGUG